AUGUCGUCCUAUCAAGAAUCAACCAUACGACGGUCAGACGACAAAUCCAACAGCUACGGCGACAUAUAUGUCUACGGAAAUGCUUGCCCCAUAUUGGGUAAUGUAGCCUCCUCCGGCAAUAACCGGCUGCGUCCUGGUGGCGAUGUGAAUUGGAAUGCCACACUGCGAGCGCUAUACUUCGACAGCAUGAAUACAAGAAAGGCACAGAUCGACGCGGGAGCUACUUCACCCGAGUACGUCCAAUGGGUGUAUCGCACUGAGUUUUCAGUUUGGCUCUGUGGUGAUGAGAGCUUCUUCUGGAUCACUGGACGUGCAGGAUCUGGUAAAUCGACAUUAAUGAAGCACGUUGCAGAUAGCCGAAAGACUAAGCAGCUCCUACAACAGACAGGCGAUCAAUGGGCUGUGGUGCACUUCUUCUUCGACUUUCGUGCGGGUGCUGCCAUCGGGAACAGCCUAGAAGGCAUGUUGAGGAGCAUGCUAUACCAGCUGCUUAAGCAGUGCUCGGACUUUAUUGGCGAUCAGCUAUCGCCUGGCGGGCUUCUAAGUCUCGACUUGCCAUCAUGUCUUGACUAUAUUUGCGAGCUCACCGACAAAGCUUCCUGUAGGAUCUGUGCAUUUAUCGAUGGUAUGGAUGAGUUUGAAGGGUCUGGUGCAGGUCUUGUAGAGACGAUUCACAAGCUCGAGGAUAGAGCCGGUUUCAAAAUCUGUCUCGCUAGUCGACCUUAUGAUAUCUUCAUCAACAGUUUUUCGAAGUAUGCCAGUCUAUCUGUACAGGACUACAACGACGAGAGCAUCAGGUUGUACACCCAGGCACAAUUUCAAAGUAAUAGGCUCGGAGCACGCACAGGCCUACCCAAGGCUCUGAGCGAAAAGAUCAGGGGAGAGGCACAAGGUGUCUUUCUGUGGGCUCGCCUGGCAGUGGAUGAGCUACUGCAAGACCUACUACGUGGCAAGUCUAUUGCUGCACUUGAAGCACAGCUCGAUCAGAUGCCAAAAGAAGUUGAAGAAAUGUACCAGCGUGUGCUGGACCAGAUCCCACAGACCAUGAUGCAAGAGGCAGCAAUCAUUCUGUACCUAUUGAUGUGUUCAAAUGCUCAGCAAAUUCCAGUGCGCGAGCUCUAUAUCGCAGUCGACGCUUUUUCACGGCGGCAGGUCACAACGGAAGAGUUUCAGAUACUGCCUAUCAAUCUUGACGACGAGAGUGAGCUGGAGAACAGGAUUUUCAGCAUUCUGGGCGACUUCGUUGAUUUGAGCGCCGGUGAUGAAACACUAAUCGACGACCUUAAGCAAGACCACAACGAGGUCAAUCUAGACCUGAUCCCUUUCGUGGCCAUUGAAAAGGAACAACUCGUCAUACGAAGAGGCGAGGUUUGUGUGGCCUCACUAACACACGAAACCCUGAAGUCUUACCUCACCGAGAACCCUUGGCUGGAGGACCAGGUGCCUACGUUUCUGGCGACACCUGAACCUAGCAAUCUCUGGGUCAAUAUAUACCUUGACGAAAUGGAACAUGCCUUGUUCAAUAGGUUUGAUAACAAUAACAACAAAGAUAACGACGGUGACAUGUUGUCUGUCCAAAGCUUUGCCACAAGGAUGUGCCAUUUAGCGACUUACAGCAAUGACGAAAGCGUCGACGACUUAGCAGACGAUCUCCUGGAUCUCCUGAGCUGCUGGUCACCUUGGACACCCUUGCUACUAUUGAGUGUGCAGAAUUUACUUUCAGAAGCCCGGAAUCUCGCUUUCUUGGAUACUGUGGUGUUGCGCAGGCUUGGCGCCAUGAUGGAGACCAAUCUGAUGCAGUUCCACCAAGCUAUCUGCUAUCAUCGAAGCUACAUCGAUGCUAAGCGUCGAAAGACGCAGACUCAUUUGUUCCCAUACGAGAAUCGAUGCGCCUACUCUUUAGAGAUGCAGUUGCAUGGAUAUGUGGAUCGUAUUGGUUGGGAUGGCGUUGUCUCAAUCAGCCAUGGCAUGCCCCAAGUUCUUCUGCACAACGACCUUUUUGAUGAACGGCGAACUGGAAACGAGUUAAGAAUUCAGGCAACCUUCGAUCAGGUCUGGAAGAAAUAA